UUUUUCCUUCCCUCCUCUCUCUUCCUUCUUUUCCCACCUCCCCUUCGUUGACAAGUAAUUGGACCUUACAGCGGGAUUGCUCACACUCUUCAAUUCCAACCCCCUGCUCGUGUGUCCCACCGCACUCGAAACCUGGUCUCAACCCAGAUCGCAAGCACGGUUGAAACUCUUCUACGCUCAACCAACAACAGUACCACUUCACAUCGACCUUUUCUUUCUCCUCUCUCUUUUCUUACUGUCGGUGACCUCAGAAGUCACUAACCCGUCGUCAAAAUGGGUGGUCAAGUUUCCAAGUUGAUGGGGAAGAUUUUCGGCACGAAGGAAAUGCGGAUUUUGAUGCUGGGUUUGGAUGCUGCUGGAAAGACCACAAUUCUCUACAAACUCAAACUCACGAAUCAGGAGGUCACUACUAUUCCCACUGUCGGUUUCAACGUCGAGAGUGUCACCUAUAAGAAUGUCAAGUUCAACGUGUGGGAUGUCGGUGGACAGGACAAGAUUCGGCCGCUAUGGAGGCACUACUACUCGGGAACGCAAGGUUUGAUCUUCGUGGUCGAUUCAAGCGAUACGGCCCGAAUGGAAGAGGCUCGCUCCGAACUGCAUAAAAUCAUCAACGAUCGCGAAAUGAAGGAUGCUCUUCUGCUGGUUUUUGCAAAUAAACAGGAUGUCCAAGGCCAUAUGAGCCCCGAAGAUGUUACCAACGCGCUCCAGCUCAACAAGCUGAAGGACAAGCUGUGGUAUGUCGCGCCUAGCGUUGCUACUGAGGGUACUGGUAUCUUUGAAGGGCUCGCUUGGCUUUCCAACAACGUGAAAACACCGCCCCAGAAAUAAUAUCAUCACAGCCGCCAACUAUUUGAAUUGUGACUCUAGAGGUCACUUACAUAGUCCUCGUGUAUAACAUUUCUCUAUAUCGUUUGGCCUCUUUCGUUCAUGUCCGCUCUGAU